CAUUGGGGACAGGGCUUUCCGGAGCCAUGGCCCAGCAGUGGGGCCCCCGAAGGCUCGCAGGUGGGCAGCCGCAGGCCAGCUUUGAGGACAGCACCCAGGGGAGCAUCUUCACCUACACCAACGCCAACAGCACCCGAGACCCCUUCGAAGGCCCCAACUACCACAUCGCUCCCAGAUGGGUGUACCACAUCACCAGCGCCUGGAUGGUCUUCGUCGUCAUCGCAUCCGUCUUCACCAACGGGCUUGUGCUGGCGGCCACCAUGAGGUUCAAGAAGCUGCGCCACCCUCUGAACUGGAUCCUGGUGAACUUGGCCAUCGCUGACCUGGCAGAGACCAUCAUCGCCAGCACCAUCAGCGUCGUGAACCAGAUGUACGGCUACUUCGUGCUGGGCCACCCCUUGUGCGUGGUGGAGGGCUACACGGUCUCCUUGUGUGGGAUCACGGGUCUCUGGUCCCUGGCCAUCAUUUCCUGGGAGAGAUGGAUGGUGGUCUGCAAGCCCUUCGGCAACGUGCGAUUUGACGCCAAGCUGGCCAUUGCUGGCAUCGCCUUCUCCUGGAUCUGGGCUGCCGUGUGGACGGCCCCACCCAUCUUUGGUUGGAGCAGGUACUGGCCCCACGGCCUGAAGACGUCCUGCGGCCCCGACGUGUUCAGCGGCAGCUCUUACCCCGGGGUGCAGUCUUACAUGAUUGUGCUCAUGAUCACGUGCUGCUUCAUCCCGCUCGGCGUCAUCGUGCUCUGCUACCUGCAAGUGUGGCUGGCCAUCCGCGCGGUGGCGAAGCAGCAGAAGGAAUCCGAGUCGACCCAGAAGGCUGAGAAGGAGGUGACACGCAUGGUGAUGGUGAUGAUCUUCGCCUACUGCCUCUGCUGGGGGCCUUACACUUUCUUCGCCUGCUUCGCGGCUGCCCACCCCGGCUACGCCUUCCACCCGCUGGUGGCCGCCCUGCCAGCCUACUUUGCCAAAAGUGCCACUAUCUACAACCCUAUUAUCUAUGUCUUCAUGAACAGGCAGUUUCGAAACUGCAUCUUGCAGCUUUUUGGGAAGAAGGUGGACGAUAGCUCUGAGCUCUCCAGUGUUUCCAAAACAGAGGCCUCGUCUGUCUCUUCAGUGUCACCUGCAUGAGUCUCCCACCCCGACAACGACAACGACAACAACGUCUGCCUCCUACCGGAAAAUGCACCCGCCCCGCCCCCCCUUCUCCAUCCCCGUGAAAUAAAUGUAGUUUCUCUUUG